GGAGGGCCUUGGGCAAUGGUGAGGAAGACGGGCCCAGGGGAAGAGGAGACGGGCUCGGUCGUCGCCGAGACGGCCCACAGGGGGGCCGGACUGAGCAGGGCGGCGCGGCGCAGCUUGGCGGGGGCUCUUUGCUUGUGCUGUCGCCGCGAGGUGGGACUCGCGGCGGGCCUGGCCGGCGAUCGCGGCCUUCGAGGCUUGAGCAACUUCUAGAGCAGGCUCUGCAAGCCCGGACGGUCGGUGGUGGAGGAGAGCGUGGCCGCCAAGCAGGCAGACGACGGACGCUGCCGGCCGGCGGGGGGGGGGAUCAAACCCAACAGCCGAUCCUCCGGCCGAGCUGGGGCGCCUCCCUCCGGCCGCAUCCCCGAGAGGAGCCGAGCAGGCGACGGAAGGAGGCGGGAGCCCCUGAGUCUAGCUGGCAUUGAGUGGCUGUCAUGAUCUCUGCAGCUCCUCUCUACAGCGGGGUGCACAACUGGACUGGCACUGAGCGGAUUCGCAUGUGCGGCCUCGGCGAAGAGAGGAGAGCCCCGCUUUCUGAUGAAGAAUCUAACACCAGCAACUCCCAGCAUCUGGGCUCCCCCGACUUCCGUGUUGGCAGCAGCUUUUCCAAGGUGGAGCUCACGGCAGUCUCGAGCAGCGGCAGCGGUGCCCAAGGGUUUGAGGCAGAGGGCAUUGUGGAGGAGGAGAUUGGGCCUAAACUUAAGGAGCAGCCGUGUGAGCCAGAGUGUGCUGAGAAAGCGUUGAAGGGCGGCGAUGCCAACCCAGGAGAAGGUAGAGAGGCCAGAGCCACAAAGCUGGAGAGUGGUGGCAGCGGCCCAGACUGUGUGUGGCCCUCUGCUAAGGAGGCGGCGGCAGAGGUUUCCCCUGCUUGCCCAAAGGCUCUGGAGGAGGAGCAUACAGGGAAGGAGAAGAGCACUCCAUCAGCUAGCACAACCCUGACCGUCAGUACUGCCGCCACAACCAGCUGCAGCACUUUGACCUCUACCCCGGCCACCUUCACCUUGAAAAGCGUCUGUUUCUCCACUUCUCAGGCCCCUGCUAUGCAAAAAAUGGCCCUCUCCUUCCCACCUGGAGCAGUCCUAGCCCCCAGCCAGCCCCUGGUUUAUCUUCCACCCCUUUCAAGCCCGCUUGGGGUCCCGCCCACCCUUGCCCUGCCCGUCUUACCCCCCUUCCAGCAGGAUCCUGGCCUGCCUGGCCUGCUUGCCCCCUCUGAGCUCCACUCGUACCCGUAUGCCUUCUCUGUGGCCAGGCCUUUGCCCGCGGAUCCCAAAACAGCACCUGUGGAGGCAAACCAGCCAAACUGCCCUCCUCCGCCAGGAGAGAGCGGCACCCCUACGGCCACUGGUCCCUCCGCUCCUGCUGAUGGCUCAGACCUCCCUCCAAGCACGCCUGCCUUGGUGGUGCCGGGUGCCAGUGCCGUCCCCCUGCCCGGUGCCACCAGCAUGCUCGCCAGGGCCCCAGCAGCCCCCGAACAACUUGCCACGGGCGUCCUGGCCUCCAUCUCCCCGCUGAAGUCUCCCCCCCAGCUGGAGCGUGAGAUGGCCACCUCCUCGGAAUGCAGCGAGAUGCCCCUUGACCUCUCCUCCAAAUCCAAUCGACAGAAGCUGCCUCCUCCGAGCCAGCGGAAGACGCCUCCCAUGCCCGUACUGACCCCAGUGCACACCAGUGGCAAAGCUCUGCUCACCACUGUUUUCUCCAAGAGCCAGCGGGUGGCUCAAGCCAUGGGCAACCCGGGCGCUGCCUCGCCCUUCGUCAUCUUCCCGGAGUUCCUGCGCAAUGGGGAGCAGGGCUCUUGGGUGAAAAACUCGACUGCCCUCAUCAGCACCAUCCCGGGCACCUACGUCGGGGUGGCUAACCCGGUACCGGCUUCCGUGUUGCUGGGCAAGGAUUCUGGGGUUGGCUUCAGCAGGGACUCCUGCCAUCUUCCCAAGCAGGAGCUCAUUUCCAUCGUUGACCAGGGAGAGCCCCGCAGUGGCGGGCCGCCUUCCGGGAAGAAAGGCGGCGCAGAGAGGCAGCCAGACCCCCCUGCAAGGCAGCUCCUUCACAGCCGAGGCAUCCCGGGGGCCCAGUUGCGCCCAUCCAAGGAGCUGACUCUUUGGAACCCUGGCCAGGGAAGCGUUUACCCUCGAUGCUCAGUCAACGGAAAGCCCGCCAGCCCUCAGCUUCUGCCUGUGGGGUGGUCGCCCUAUCACCAGGGUCCCCUGCUUUCUGUUGGUAUCUCGGCAGCCGGACAGCUUUCCCCGAAUCAAGUUGGCCUAUUCAAGCCAGCCGGCACAGGCGAGCUGGCCACGUUCCCUGGUGUGCAGCCGACAGAGUCCGCCACAGUGGCCCAGAAGGCCCCAGAAGCCCCCUCCCAGGGCAAGGGUUGCAAGGCAGCCUUGCCGAACACGGCUAGCCCUUUGUGUGUCUCACCAGCUCUUCAGACCAACCUCCCAGAUACAAGGGGCUCUGAGGGGCUCGUCCCUAAGUACGGCUCUGACAGGCUAGAGGCUGACUCGGUAGUAGAGGCUGCCCCACAGCCUGAAGCUCCCCUGGACAGCUGCAGCCACAAGCGUCCCGGAGACGCCAAGCCUAAAAAUCAAGUCUUUGCUGCCUAUCUAUCCCAUGGCCUACCCUUGGCAAGCCAGCCGAGCGUGCGGAUGUCCUCGGAGCCGGUGCCCCUUGCGGAGAGUCAGUGCAAGGAUCGGAGGUGUAGCACGUCUCGGAACCAGCCGGCAGCAGAAGUCCCUCCCCACAGUGUGCCCCAGGUGGAUCUCAGCCGAGUGAAGAAGGAACGGGUGGAACCAGAGAUGCCCUUUGCCUCUGCCGCAUGCCUGCGCGCUGGGGCAGCCGUGAGAAACCCUCCGAAAGCCAAGCUCAAGGAUGUGCUCCACAUCAAAGUGGAAGGGGGCUUCCCCUGCAAGUCCAAACGGCGGUGUGAUGGUCCAGACCGGCUGGCCCACAAGAAGCCAAAGUGCCGAAGCAGCGAGGAGUCUGGGGCUCCCUGCAAGUCAAACAGCCAGAACCUGCAUACCCGCAAGUGGAGGAAACAUCACGGUGACCUCCACGAGAUCAGCAAACGAGAGAGCCGGUUGGGCUCCACGAAGGAACGUGGCAGCCUCCGUGCCAAGCGCAAGUGCCGGAAGCCAUCCCCAGGGCAUCGUGGGCACAGCUGCGAAGAAGCUUUUGUUGAGAAGAAGGCAAAGAACAGCUUCCGGGACUUCAUUCCUGUGGUGCUGAGCAGCCGGACACGGAGCCAGUCAGGAAGCGUGGGGGGCUCUUCUGCAGGCAUGUUGGGCGAGUGUGAUGGGGCCGGGCAGGAGGUUGUGCCGCUGCUGGACGAGGAAGAAGAGAACGAUGAGGAAGAGGAGGAGGAAGAGGAGAUUGCCCUGAAGCAUCGCAAGCUGAGGAAAUCCCAUCGCCUCUCCCCUCACGCCAGCUGCAAAGACAGAGAGCGAGACUGGUCGCGGUCGGAGAGGGGCAGUUUCCACGCGAGCAAGAGCCAGGGCCUGGCGUGGCAAGUGGAAGCUACCCGCCAGCUGUGGAGCCGCAAGGAAGUGGAGGAGGAGAGCGGACACGUCAAGAGGAAGAAAAGAAGGCGGCAGAAAAGCUGGAAGUACCAGACUGGAGAGUACUUGAUAGAGCGGGAGAAAGAGGAGCACACCAGCUGUUGCCAUAAGCGGCGGAAAACAAAAGCAGACUUCAGGUACCGAAAGCACAAGGAUGCUGUGCUGGGCAAAGGCUCAGAGCUGUGCUUGAGGAGCAGACUUUCUCCAACCCUUCAAGGACGCCUGGACUUCCGCAACGGAUUCCUCUUGGAUCACUCCAAUUCUGCUCCCAUCCAGGAUGUGCUGGAGAAGCCUUCCGGGAAACGCAAAUGCAAAACCAAACACCUGUCAGGCAUCUGUGACGAGGGGAAGGCCAAGGCACGGUGGAACCAGUCCAAGACGCGCUCUCCAAAAAAAGCUCGGGAGCCCUGCCCGUUCAACAAGUCCCAGCAGCACAGUUCUGAGAGAGCCCCCGAGACCCCUGCAGCCCCACCGGUGCCCCCCGAAGCUCGGCGCCUGAUAGUGAACAAGAACGCUGGGGAGACGCUGCUGCAGAGAGCGGCGCGGCUCGGCUACAAAGACGUGGUGAUGUACUGCCUGCAGAAAGAGAACAAUGACGUCAACCACAGGGACAACGCUGGCUACACAGCCCUGCACGAGGCCUGCACUCGAGGCUCGACAGACAUCCUGCACAUCUUGCUGGAGCAUGGCGCAAAUGUCAACUGCAGUGCCCAGGAUGGCACCAGGCCUGUCCACGAUGCUGUGGUGAACGACAACUUAGAGACCAUGUGGCUCCUGCUGUCUUAUGGUGCUGACCCCACCCUAGCUAUGUAUUCAGGACAGACGGCCUUGAAGCUGGCCAGCAGCAAAGGGAUGAAAAGCUUCCUUAGUGAUUACCUCUUGGAUCUGCAGGGGCGAGACGACGGAGACCCCCGCACAGCCUGGGAUUUUUACAGCAGUGCUGUAUUAGAGGGGAAAGAUGAGAUCGGCUGCGACCUUCUGCUCAACCCUCCCGGGAGCUCAGAUCAGGAGGAAGACGAGCAGGACUCCGACCGCUUCAUGUUUGAGUUCUCUGACAAGCAGCUCCUCCCCUGCUACAACCUGGAAGUGUCCGUCUCCCGGGGGCCCUGCAACUGGUUCCUCUUCUCGGACGUGCUCAAGCGGCUGAAGCUCUCAUCCCGCAUCUUCCAGGCUCGCUUCCCGCACUUCGAGGUGACCACCCUGCCCAAGGCAGAGUUCCAGCGCCAGGUGUCGCUGAGCCAGGUGCUGGCCCCAGAAGAAAUCCAGGAGCACAUGGUACCCCCCUUGGCUCCAGGCGCCGUAGAGACGGUGGAGUUGGUGCGCUAUGAGCCGGAGCUGGUUCGGCUGCUGGGCUCGGAGAUGGUAUUUGAGGCCUGGAGCAGCUGACGGGGGUGUGUGUCAGGCAUUCGUUGGACUGCACUGCGAGGCAAUAAUCUGGACCAAUGAGAAGGUGGCCUUGUGGCCAGUGGGCAGGGGCUCUGUCUGCCUGGCCCUCAGUGACAAACAGCAAGCGGUGCUCCUCACCUGCCUGCCCACCCUGGGGGUGGGGUAGGAAGCUGCCGCCUCCCACACCCUGGACUCAGCUGGUUGACCUGCUGCAGGGCCUUGAUGGUUUUGAAGCCUCUCCGUGGAACUGCGUCUCUUCCCUCACCCCCAAGCUCUUCCAGAGUAUUUAUUUAAAUUAGUAUUUAAUUUGUGGUGUUCCUUUUUUGUUCUUGCUAAGUCUGUAUCACUGUGAUUCGAUAGGGGCUGGGGGGGGCUGGACAGAUAGACGUCCUGCAGCCCCAGUCCCCAUCGGGAUGUGCUGGAGGACCAGACUGUGGCUCCCCCCCCCAUCCCCCAUGACUUAGGCGGAGAGCCCCAUUACUUCCCUCCAUUUGAGGACCACCCAGCUUCUGUUGGGUGUUUUUCCCUCUCUCUCUCCAUCCCCCCCCCCGGCACCCUUUCUGUUAGAUUAUUUUGUCUCUGAAGUCCAGCCUGCCACUUUUGGAGAGGCAGAUGGAGACUGAAUUAGUAGACAGCCAAAGGCACCUGAUGUUCUCAGCUAUUUUCCUCCCCCCCCCGCUUUUAAAAUCUCACCUUUGUUCAGUCAGUUCAGGUGGCAAGACAGUAGUCUCCAGCGGUGUGGAAGCAGCAGAGACGAGCCCAGUUGGAGGGCAGGGUGGCGGGGGGGGGGGGUCGUGUCUCUAGAUGGUACAGUUUUAUUGUACAGGUGCUAACAAGGACUGGACAAUCUGUUUUCUGGCUCUCCCCUGCACUGGGGGUGGGGUAGGUUGUUUGGGUGUUAACUUUUUUUGUUCUUUUGUGUUGUGUUUCUCCCCCCCCCAAACUCGGAGAGCUGCAUUUCCUUGCACCUCCUCUUCUUUCCCCCCUCUCCAAUUUUCCAAACAGGCUGCCUCUUCCUGCUCCCUUCCUUGGAAAAAGGAAACAGCCCUCCCUCACACCCGCCCACCCUCCUUUCUCUUUUACACCAAGGCUUUUUGGGCCUUUGGGGUGUGUGUUCCAGCUGCUGUUUUUUUUCCUUCCUGAUUUGUUUUAUUCUUAAGCAACGCUUUGGUGUCAAAAACACUUAUGUACAGAAAAAACCUGCAUCAGGGCCUCCGUCUCCUG